AUGCACAAGAUUUCCAACUUCACCGGUCAAGCUCGUCAUGGCUGGGAACGGAUGACUCCCGCCUUUGGGAUGUCUCGCCCUCACGCUGAUAUCCAUGCAGCUUCGCAACCCCUACGACGUCCGCAUGGUACUCCGGCCUUGAAUCCUCCGACGGCCGUGGAUCCUACUGUCAAUCUCUCCUUCAAUGUUCCAUUCUCGUCGUAUCUCGCCGGCCCCGAUGUCGAGGAUGUGCUCCAUGCAAGUCCCGGCGCCUUGCAACGCUGGUCCUUUCCCGAUGGUACAUCAGAAGGUACUCCGAUCCACCACUUGCCCGUUCACGUCAACCACGUUGAGGCCUUGCGGAAACUAUGUCGGUCCGUCAGCGAGGCGAGUGGAGGUCGCCUUGAGGCCACUGUGACAACUUCUGAGCCCAAGUCUCUGCCUUCGGUGCAACGUCGUCAGCCCGGUCUUGUCACCAACGUUUGUCUUUCCGGUGACGGUGAGACAGUCCGGAAGAUGAGAGCCAAGAUCUUGAACGAGACACCCAUCUCUUUACGAUGUGCAAAUGUCGAUGUGGACAUGCAUCUUAUUAUGGACGCGUCAACCAAGGGAAUUCGUGUCAAUGUACUCGAGCAUUUGGAUACUCUAGCUCAGUAUACUGGUGCCGAUAUUUUCCUACUUAGUCCGAAAAUGGUUGAUGCCGACAGUGCCGUGGUUUCUUCGUACGGGGCCGAUAAUGGCUUGGACAAUCGCUUUCGGGUCGCUAUCUACGGAGAUAUGGAGAGUGUAGAGCAUGCCAAGACAAGAUUGCUCAUCAUGAUUGACCAAAUUCUGAAACGACACGUUGACGCCAUGAAACUCGAACUGACUAUGCAUACCCUUGUCUGCGGCCGCACUCGCAAGAACAUCAAGUUGAUCGAAGCUGUUACUGAUACUGCAAUCUACUUCCCACCGCCGUUUCCACGUAUCUUUGGAUAUACCCCACCUGGCGCUCACCGACGAAGCGAAGACGAAGUUUACAUCACUGGCGAAAACAUGGAAAAUAUUGCAAGGGCCAAGCAAAAACUUCGUGAGUUGGUACUGGGUGCCAAGAUCUACGUCAAGGACGUUGUUUUGUCGGCAAGCAAAAUCGACAAUAUACUGCUAGACCGUUUGGACAAAGUACGGAAGGUCAUGGAAGCCAACGGCUCGUACGUCCUGUUUCCACAGUUGGGUAGCCAACGUGGCCUCGUCCGAAUCCAGGGAACCGAAGUGCUUCAUGUCGAACGAACUGUGCGAGAGAUAAUGGCGUUGGCUGGUCAAUUCUAUAGUGCUUCUUGGUGGAUUAUCAUGUCUGAUCCUAAUCAAGGGAGCAUUCGAUCUCCAUCCCCUCACGAGGUUCGACCCAUGUUGUCCGACAUUUGCAUCAACUCGGAUGCCGACGUGAGCUUCGAGAACAUGACAUUUUCCAUCAACGGGUCGGACGAUGCCGUCAAAGCAGCCAUGAACGUCAUCUACCAGAUUCCAUUCGUCAAGCGCUGUCCUUACCAGAUUCGAGUCAAAAUUGAACUCGCCAACGAGCACAAAGAAUUUGUCAGCGGCAAGAAGAACGGCAAAAUCAACAAGAUCAUGGGCCAGAGCAAUGUUCAGAUCAUCUUUGACGGAUUCAACGAGUACAAUUUCUACAUUGAUGUCUGUGGCACACAGUAUGACGCUACUAAAAACGGUUUGGAUCUGGUAGAACAAGAGAUGCCGGCAUCUAUCUCCUUCCAUGUACCGGACCAGUAUCAUAAGCGCAUCAUCGGCAUUGGCGGUCAACAUAUCCAGCGUAUCAUGAAGAAGUACUCGGUGUUCGUCAAAUUUUCCAACGCAAUGGACCGUGGUGGCAUUGGUAAAGAAGAUGACGAUGUCAAAGUUGAUAACGUUAUUUGCCGCACUCCGGCAAGGAAUGCCCAAAGCCUGGAUCUCGUGAAGCAGGAGAUCAUGGACAUGGUUGAGAAAGUUGAUGCGGAAUAUGUUUCUGAAACUGUUUUGAUCAACCGCCUCUAUCAUCGUGAACUCUUGGCUCGCAUUCGUGAAAUUGAAGAGCUGGAGAAGAAAUGGAAUUGCAAGAUUGAGUUUCCAAGCACCGAGCUUGCUAGCGAUGUUGUGACUAUUUCGGGCCCUGAAUAUCAGGUACCUCAAGCGGUGGACGCUUUCCUGGUGAGAUUCACCGAUCUGCUUCCAAAUGAUGGAAUCUGACUGACGUUAUAUGUAGGGUAUGGUGCCUGAGAACCACGAAUUGUCAUUCCAAAGCUCUGCGGAACUGAGGGAGUUCUUCAAGUCUGCGGAUUUCGUCGAUGACGUUCGUAGUAAGCUCAAGGACCAAUACGAGGUUGACGCCACUGUUGAUAUGGCUGCUGAGCUUCCGCAACCCGGAACCGAAAAUGGAUCAUCGUCUCCCGUCCCAUCAGAGGACCGUGUUGUACUCGGAUACACUCGAAAUAACGCCGGAGGGCUCAAGGAUGCAAUAGACUUUUUGAUUUCCCGUCUCGUCGCGCAUGGCCUUGACGCAACGACCGUCAAAGGCGCUAUUCCGCGUCCAAAGUCUGAUUCAUUCGAAGAGUCGCUCCCAUUCUUCGACUCCAAGUUGUUGCAGCAUGCACCAGCACCCCUCGUAACGGACUCACCGACACGCCCUAGUUUUGGCGACGAUGUCAGCGAACGCGGCUCGAUCUUCGAGAGACUGCGUAAGCCUGGAAGUAUUUCCUCGUUCUCGUCCUUUAUCGGUCGUAAAAACCAUUCAGCUUCGCCCGCAUCAUUCUUCAAACAUGCGUCUAGCAACGCGUCCAAGGCGUCCUUGAUCUCUAUGGAAUCCCGCGACAGCGGUUACCGCAACCCAUGGAACGACUCUGGGGUCAACCUACCCGAAGAAGAUCUUCAUGUGGGUAGUUCCCACAGUCACAACAGUAGCAGCAGCAAUGGCUGGCCAUCUCGCUUUGACAUGAAAUUUCCCUUCGGUACCGCGCCCGGCGACAUGACCCCCAAGCAUGACUUGCGCGCUUCUUUUGAUUCUGGUCGUCCUAGUACUUCCAAUUCUACUUCUGGAUACCCGGCUCCGAUUGGGCCACCUCGUUGAAAGCAUAAUAACACGUUGACGGAAAAAAUGAAAAAAAGACACAAGAGAGGAUUCUAUCCAUGCCGAGAUACCAAUUUGCAGCAAUAUACCCCGACACGCUACGCUAUACCAUGCUUUUGUUUCUUGUUUUUCUCUUCUUUUCGAGUUUCCACUUUCAAGCCGUGGUUGUCAUGUGCUGUUUGAGUUUUUGAUGUUAUUUUUUCAUGUGCUUGUUUAUUGUCUUCUUUCGAUACCACUAAAGCAAAAAAUGUUUUGUUCUUACCAGUAUCAUUAUGAAUGGAACGGGUUUGACCGGGGGAUCUUGUGGAGUGAUUUGAUAAAGAUGGAAAGAAAUCAUGUUUUCAAUUCGAUGCAAAGCAAGGGAGGGAAACGAGCAUGAAUAUGAAAAGAAAAGUCAUGAGGCGAAUUUUUAAAAUUGUUUUAGCUUGGACGAGUAAAUCAGAAUUGACUGAGUAUUUUCGACCUG